UUGGUCUCUCUUUUGUCUCCCUCAUUUUAGUUUCCUUUUUCUUUUUCUGCAAUUACUCCCAGGAACCAAACAAUCUAUACGCACUGCCUUGCCAGAAGUUAUUAGUGGAUUUGCCCAUCUUUGUCAGCUAAACUUCACCAAACCUUUAUUUUUUCUUUCCUUUUCACUCCCAGCAAACAGCAAAAUAUACUUCUUCAUUUUCCUGCUUUCCUGUAAAUUACUUCUUAAAUGAUAAAAGCCUUAAGACCCCAGGUGGGAUUUGCUACUAAUAAUGUUAAAGAAACUGUUUUAUCAAAGCUCAGAGCUGAACAGUCGAGCAACGAAUACAUAACCUCCCUCUGCAAGCAAAAGCUUUUCAAUGAAGCUAUCAAGGCAUUUGAGUUCUUGCAAAAGAAAACGGGUUUUUGUUUAACACUUAGUACUUAUGCCUAUUUGAUCUCUGCCUGCUCUUAUCUGAGAUCUCUGGAACAUGGUCGAAAAAUUCAUGACCAUAUGCUGAAAUCCAAGUCUCAUCCAGAUUUAACUCUUCAGAAUCAUAUCCUUAACAUGUAUGGGAAAUGUGGGUCGUUGAAGGAUGCUCAGAAGGUGUUUGAUGCCAUGCCUGAGAGGAAUGUAGUGUCGUGGACCUCGGUCAUUGCUGGGUACUCUCAAAAUGGUCAGGGGGGUAAUGCACUGGAGUUUUACUUUCAAAUGCUGCAGUCAGGCGUUAUGCCGGACCAGUUCACGUUUGGAAGCAUAAUAAAAGCUUGUUCGAGCUUGGGUGAUAUUGUGUUAGGGAGGCAGCUGCAUGCCCAGGUCCUAAAAUCAGAAUUUGGUGCCCACAUCAUUGCACAGAAUGCUCUUAUUUCAAUGUACACAAAGUCUAACCUGAUUAUUGAUGCGUUGGAUGUGUUUUCUCGGAUGGCAACAAGGGACCUGAUCUCAUGGGGUUCAAUGAUUGCAGGGUUUUCGCAACUUGGUUAUGAGUUAGAAGCAUUAUGCUAUUUUAAAGAAAUGCUCCAUCAGGGUGUUUACCUGCCCAAUGAGUUUAUAUUUGGCAGUGUUUUUAGUGCUUGUAGUAGUCUCUUACAACCUGAAUACGGAAGGCAGCUGCAUGGAAUGAGUAUAAAAUUUGGGCUUGGGAGGGAUGUUUUUGCUGGAUGCUCACUUUGUGACAUGUAUGCAAAAUGUGGUUUGUUAAGUUGUGCAAGAGUAGUCUUUUAUCAGAUAGGAAGGCCAGAUUUAGUUGCCUGGAAUGCUAUCAUUGCAGGGUUUGCUUAUGGUGGUGAUGCUAAGGAAGCCAUAGCGUUUUUUUCUCAGAUGAGGCAUCAGGGAUUGAUCCCAGAUGAGAUCACUGUUCGUUCCUUACUUUGUGCUUGCACAAGCCCUUCAGAACUUCAUCAAGGUAUGCAGGUUCAUGGAUAUAUUAAUAAAAUGGGUCUUGAUUUAGAUGUUCCAGUGUGCAACACUUUACUGACCAUGUAUGCAAAGUGUUCAGAGCUCCGUGAUGCAAUUUUUUUCUUUGAAGAGAUGAGAUGUAAUGCGGAUUUAGUUUCUUGGAAUGCAAUUCUUACAGCAUGCAUGCGUCAUGACCAGGCUGAAGAGGUUUUCAGAUUAUUAAAACUAAUGUGUAUUUCUCAACAUAGGCCUGAUUAUAUCACUUUAACUAAUGUAUUGGGGGCUUCAGCAGAAACUGUUUCUAUAGAAAUAGGGAAUCAAGUACAUUGCUAUGCUUUGAAAAGUGGGCUUAAUUGUGAUAUUUCUGUCACAAAUGGGCUGAUUGACCUGUAUGCAAAAUGUGGAUCCCUUAAAACUGCUCGUAAGAUCUUUGAUUCAAUGAUAAAUCCUGAUGUUGUGUCAUGGAGUAGUUUAAUUUUGGGGUAUGCUCAGUUUGGAUAUGGAGAGGAAGCUCUCAAACUCUUUAAAACAAUGAGAAGGCUGGAUGUUAAGCCAAACCAUGUGACAUUUGUUGGGGUUCUUACCGCAUGCAGUCAUGUUGGACUGGUGGAAGAAGGGUGGCAAUUGUAUGGAACCAUGGAAAAGGAGUUUGGUAUUGCACCAACCAGAGAGCAUUGUUCUUGUAUGGUCGACUUGCUUGCUCGUGCUGGAUGCUUAAAUGAAGCAGAGGGUUUCAUUCAUCAAAUGCCAUUUGAUCCAGACAUUGUGGUGUGGAAGACACUACUUGCUGCCUGUAAGACUCAUGGGAAUGUUGAUGUUGGAAAGCGGGCUGCAGAGAAUAUUCUGAAAAUUGAUCCUUCCAAUUCUGCUGCACAUGUGUUACUCUGCAACAUAUAUGCUUCUAAAGGAAAUUGGGAAGAUGUUGCCAGAUUGAGGAGCUUGAUGAAACAAAGAUGUGUCAGGAAAGUUCCAGGUCAGAGCUGGAUUGAGGUUAAGGAUAGGAUCCAUGUUUUCUUUGUGGAAGACAGUUUGCAUCCAGAAAGAAAUAAAAUAUACACAAUGCUAGAGGAGUUGUUGUUGCAGAUGCUGGAAGCUGGUUAUGUUCCAUUUCAGAAAUAGGCUUGGGGUGAACCAUUGCAUUGAAGAAAAGAAAAUUGAACAUAUAUCCAUAUGUUUCGGAACAUGGAAUGAGACUCCUGGUUUUCUUGGAGUGUUCCAGUUUAAACCUGGAAUUGAUUCAGUCAAUCAUGGACGGUAUUUAGGGGUAAAUCAGUUCAUCAGGCACUAGCAAGAAGGUCAGCAUAAGGUUGCAGAUAUUUUCUCAUAAGCAUUAUGUCCUUUUGUUUAUUUCUUGAUUGAGCCUUUCAUUUCAAUUCUGCCAUUGCCCGAUGUGUUGAAAAUUGUGAUUCUUUAUACCGGACAAAUAUGGAGUAAAGGAGAUGAAUGGAAAACAAAGGCAUUGUUUUGACCCAGGGAGAAAGGAGGGAAGAAAAGGCGACAAUUUUGUCUUAGUCAAGAGAGUUGGUAUAUGUGAAGCAAAUUGAUAGAGAAGAAGAGGCAUGCUGUUGUAGUUUGAGCAAAAUCAAAUUUCAGUGGCAUUACCUAAAAGAUGUGAGAUUUAAGGCUCUGAAGGGUCUGAAGAUGAGAGGAUUCUUGAGUGAAAUACCACCUAGAGGCAUUCCUGACUCUUGUGAAUGGUCAAGAGUCAAAACUGAUAAUUCAUGGAAGUGAUGGCGAGGAUAGGAUGAACCGUAAAUGGAAGUGGGGAUUAUGAUCUCAUUGAAGAAGUAGGUUGGGUGGAAGACUCAAUGAUGUAUGUAAUAUUUGCUUGUUAUCCCAUUUCCCUAGAAGUAACUAUCUUCCCAGGAUUCCUACAGUUCUUUGGUUAUAUUUUCUAACUAGAGGAAGUUCAUGCAGUUGCUACUUGCUAGUAAACAAGCCUCGGAAGCUACUGGUGAACCAUGUGGCUAGAUGCAUGACAUCAAAAGAAACACUUGCACAUUUGUGAUGUUGGGGCUUUGGUUGUUACCUUUUGAUCGUCUUCCAAUAAUUAAGGCAUUAGCACAGAACAUAGAUCAAAUUAUGCAAAGCAUAUAUAAACUAUUGGCCUCUGGAAGUUAUCCACAUUGAUCCUAUUUUGGGCUAGAGUUCCAGUGCAUUGCAGACAUGGAGGCUAUCAAAUUUGACAAGUAACAAUGCAUCUGCUGCAUAGUGAAGGUGGUGCCAAAAUAGAGCCCUCAAAAUCAGGACUCACUACUUGUGUAGGUGAAAGCAGAGGUUGGGUUGAUUCAUUAUUCAUCUCAUUAGAAAGAUGUUGGACAGUGUAGUAGAGAUAACCAGUAAAGGAAUUCAGCAAGGAAGAGAACAGCUUGGAACAAUGCUUUUUGAUCAUGCAAUGCCAGAUGUUAGAUUUGCUAAACAUCCGGGUUGUCUGUUUUUGGGAAAGAGGGGAGACGACACAGGCGCCAAAUGAUUUUUGUAAUUGCGUCUUUUUAUGAAGCAGUGAUAAAUUUUUGAAUUGGAAGGUUGAUGACACUUUAUUAUAUACGGUUAUACUGGCAAGUUUAAAAAAAAAAUGAAAAUAAGGUCUCUGUUAUAUCCUGAAUUGAGAAGUUCAGACUUUGGAUUAAGAAUUUAAUGAACAUUUGAUC